GCUUACAAGGAGCACUUGAAUGCGGCAUUUUCCCAGGCAACGGGGUAAAUCUGAGGUAUCGUCAUAGCGGUAAAAUACUAAAAAGCCAGCAGUUAAGUAUAGUUUGAUGUCAUUUUAGUGUGCUAAACUAUGCACUUAUGUGUGAAAGAAGUGUUUUAUUUAUCUCUGCGACGUAACGAAUAGCCGGUUAGACUUGUUUGGAAGGGCCAGGCCUGUUGAAUUCCUCCACAGCAGUAAAAGGUGCCCACGGUGUACCGGUGUGCUAAAAAAUGCCUACAGAAGUAAAGCAGAGGAAGAAGUCACAAAAACAAAGCGACGAAGUGUCCGAAACGACGGCUCCAAAUGGCAAAGAUGAAGCGCGCAAAGUGAAGACGGAAGCUGGAAACAACGCAGGGACAAAUAAAACGUCUUCGAGUUUGGAUAUUAGAAGUAUUAUGUGCUUAUUGUCUCUUGCGGCGUGCGGGGCUCUGAGUUGGGUGGUGCUGCAACAGAACGCGAGGUUUUCCGAAAUUGAAGAAAAGUACAAGUUUUUACACGGAAAGACUUCGGGUCUGUUCGACAUGGAGGAAGAAGUCCUGAAGGUUUCUAAAAAGCUUGCCGCCUCUGAGGAUGACCUACAGGAGGCGCUCUCCACCGUUUCCUUGGCAAAACAACUCCAGCAGGACAUCUCCACCCUCCACGCUGCUGUCAUGGUGAUGCAGGCUGACGAGAACUCUGCCUCCCGUGACUUGCAGACGGUCAACGCCCACUUCCUCAACGUGACGGAGACGUGGCAGGAGCGUCUGGCCGCCAUCACCUCUGACCUGGCUGCCCUCAAGGCCGAGUCCCGUGAUGCUCACGCCGGAGCCACCGAGCAGGUGAACGAAGUGGAGCGGAGGGCCCGGUUGCUGGCAGAAAGGCUGGAGGAGCUCGAGGACAGCACGAAGAGGAACGCCAGAGCUAUGGAGCGCACGGAGGAAGACGACGCCAAGCGAGCGCAGGGUCAGCUGGACUGGAACACGAAGCAGAUCCACUACCUCGAGCAGCAGAUCAGCAGCCUGAACAAGAGGGAGGCUGAGCUCAGCUCUCAGCUUGAGGAGCACAUUCCCCGAGCGCAGGAGUGUGAAGAGCACCUGCCCCAGGUCGAGGAGGCAGUGCGCUCCAUCCUGAGGCUCGGGGUGGAUCUGAGUGGUUUGGAGAAACGUCUGGAAGAGGUGACGUUACAGGUGUUUGGGACUGAAGACAGCAUGCUGAAAGCACUAAAUGAAAUCCUGGAGAUGAGACAGGAACUGGACACCCUGCAGGCUCAAAACAGCAUCCUCAAGAUGAAGAAUGAGUUGUCGGUGGUUAAAGAGGCAGUCCGUGAACUCACCAUGGUCCUGAAGGAAAGUAGGGCUGACAGCCAAAGGGACUCUGACACACUGGAGCAAGAAGCAUGGGGAGAUGGUGAGGAGGAGUGACUCUUUUGGGUUUCUUUAUAAUUUUAUAAAACCCAUCUUGUUACCCUUAAGCCAGCCAUUUGCAAUGACAGUUAUUUAACAGUAUUUGUGCUACUCUCUUCCAGAUAUCACCACAUUACAGUGGAAAUGAUUAGCUGACCAACCAAUUAGUUGAUACUCAGAAUAAUAAUAAUAAAAAAAAAACAAAUAAUUUCUAAGUCAUUUCUCUACCAGAAUUUCCCAGCGUUUUCUGGUUCUAGCGUCUGAAUCUCGAAUCCCCUGAAUCUUUUUUAUUUCUUAUUCAGUAGUAAACUGAAUAUUUUCAGGUGUUGUUUUGGAAAGACAAGCAAUUUGAACGCAUCACCUUGUGUGUUUAAUUAAUUUAUCAAGAAAAAAAACAAUAACAAUUGGUUAAAAAUAAUUGUUUGUACCAGCCUUAAACUACUCAGUACUCAGUGCUGCCUUAGAUUUGGUCUACAAAUAGCUUGUGUGUAUGUAUAGGUUUGUUUUUGUUGACAUGUCAAUCAUCAUGUGUUCACUGAGCUUAUUUAAUAAACUCACAUUUUUAUUAAAAAGGUCUUACUUGUACAAAUUAUUUUUGUCCUCCUGUUUAAUCCUCUUGUGUAAGA